GUAAACUUUAUUUAUGUGUUGAUACUUUUAUCCUAAUUUGAAAAUAGAAAAUAACUGCCUAAAUUUAAAAUACUUUUAGAUGAAAUGCCACUCUUAAAAAUGGUCAAGUUUCAUUUACCACUAAUGGUAAAACGUGAGAUUAUGUGUGUUCAAUUUUGUCAAGCACUAAAAAAUAAAUAAGAAAUUAACUUAUUUCCUAAAAAAUAUUUUCAUGAAAAAAAAAAAAAUCUUCGUACCAAACUAACCCUAUAAGCAUUGAAGGAAUUAUGAAUUUUAGCUCCCCCUUAUCCUCAUUUAGAAAAUUUUAAAAAGUGAAUCUCAAGUUUUUAAAAGUUAAAAUCCUAUUUGGUUUACCAUAGGGUAAUUUUCUCAAAAGAAACGGAAUAGGAGGAUUAGAGCCAAAACACUCAACAAAAACAUCGUAAUAACACUGCUAAUAAAUGAGAUAAUUAGCCGUUUCACACAAAUUAUACUCCCUCCUUCCCUAACGGUCACCUUUUUUCAAGAUUUCAUUCUUCAUAAACCUCUUCUCAUUUCCACCCAAAACACACACACACAGAGAGUCACUCUCAUUCUUGAUUUCAAUGGAGAACAAGUCUCCAAGAAAAGCCAUUGAAGAAGAGAAGAAGAAGAAGAUUCCAGUGUUUACAGUGUUAAAGAAUGGGGCAAUCUUGAAGAACAUAUUCUUGCUUGACAAUCCACCAAGUCAAGAAACAACAGAAAAUGAAGAAGAGAUAUUGGUGGUUGGUAGACAUCCAGAUUGUAACAUAACGUUGGAACAUCCAAGCAUUAGUAGAUUUCACCUCCGUAUUCACUCUAAACCAUCUGAUCACUCCCUCUCUGUUACUGAUCUCUCUUCAGUCCAUGGUACAUGGAUUUCUGGUAAGAAACUUGAAUCAGGAGUUAGGGUGGAGUUGAAAGAAGGCGAUAGGAUGCAACUUGGAGGUUCCAGCAGAGUUUACAGGCUUCACUGGGUUCCAAUCAGCCAUGCAUACGAUUUGGAGAAUCCGUUUGUACCUCCUCUUGGUGAAUCAGAACCAGAUGAAAGCACACAAGAGGAAAAACAUCAGGAUGAGAGUGGCUUUUCUCUCCAGAAUGACCAAAUUCAGAAGGAUGAUGAUGAUGAUAUGGUGCAAGGUCUAGACUCAUCAUUUUCUGGUAUGAGUUCGUUUCCGCUUGUGAGAAGUUUGACUCCACCAGCUCCUCCAAUGCUUAAGCAAAUGAGUUCUCCAUUUCCUGAUAAAUAUGAGGCAGCAAACCAAAAUCUACCUGGUAAUAUCCAUGAAGAAGGUGAAAUCAGUUUGCUGCAGUCUGCUUACCAACCUGACAAGGAAAAUAGUGCACCAGCAACAGAAACUGCAGAUGGUACCCCAGAAAGAUCUCAGCAAAGAUGUUCAAGUAUUUGGUCUAGAAGAGGAAAACAUUCCAGUGUUCAGAUUCAAACUGGUAGAGAUAGGGCAAUGAAUGAAAAAGUUGACAUGGAAACUGAAGUUGAGUCGCUUAAUCGUGAAAUUGCAGGAUUUGAAUCAGUUUCUAAAGAUCUUUUUGCUAGUGGAAACAAGGAUAACGAGGAAUAUGUCUUUACUCCUGAAAAAGAGAACCAUACUCCAAGUUCUCUCUUCCUUGGAUCCGUGAAGAAAUCGUGUCUUUCUGAGAUGACAAAUAGAUCGGAUAGAAAGUCUAUUCUUUCUAAUAUGGAUGAGAAUGAUGAAGAGAUUUUCACUCCGGACAAAGAGAAUAUGACACCAGAGACUCGUCGGCUGAGGUCAAUGAAGAAGAUGGGAAGCCAGCAUCAAAUUAAGCAUCCAAAACCGUUUAAAUCUUCAUCUCUGAAACUUGUGGUUGAGCCCAAAUUUAAUCAAGCUGCAGGUUGUGUAUCCCACAAAAAGGAAAAGCUAGGGUCAACUACUAAAUCAACAGUGUCAAAUAUGGAAGAAAAUGAUGAAGAAAUUUUCACUCCGGAUAAAGAGAAUAUGACACCUGGUACUCGUUUGAUGAGAUCAAUGAAGAAAAUAGGGAAGUUGGAAGAUCUUAAGCAUCUAGAAGCAUUUAAGUUCUCUCUGGAUAAUGUAGUUGAUCCGAUAUUUCAUCAAACUGGAACUCCGUUCUCCUCUGAGAAAGAAAAUCUGACUGACAAACUUCUUGAAGAACAGAAAUCAACAAACCUUGCCUCCAGAAAUCUAGCAAGAUCGGAGGUAAACACGGUGAAGAACAGAAUGGAUCGGCUGCCUUUUCAGUCACUUCUUGUGAACAGCUCCGAAAAGACCAUCUCAAUAUCUCCACUAGAGGACAAUAAGUCGAGUGACAAUCCAAUCAAGCAUCCACAGACUAGUGAAGCAUGCCCCUUCUCUAAAAACAGUGUCAUGGAACAGAAGAGAUGGACCAUUGUAGUAGAUACUGGUUCAUUGUUGAAUAAGGAAUCAAGGAAAAGUUUGCAACUGCUGCAAGGUCUCAAGGGAACUUACCUGAUAAUUCCUCGAACUGUCAUAAGAGAAUUGGAUUGCAUGAAGAGGCGUACUAUUCUGUUUAGAAGGACAACUGAGGAGUGUGCAGCAUUAGAAUGGAUAGAAGACUGCAUGGUAAAUGCAAAGUCAUGGAUUCAUGUACAGAGUUGUUCGGAGGAAACAAGAGCAGUGGCACCAACUCCUCCUGCUAUUGCUCCAAUGUCUGUGUUCAGUGAGGAGAAUGGCAAGUUUCCUGUUGGCUCACUUCAAUUUUCUCCAAAUAGUGGUCUAAUGGAAUUUGCCUCACCCACAGCAGACGAUCAUAUCCUUGAAUAUGCCCUCUUCUUGAAAAGAACCAACAGAAACGUACAACUUGUCCUCCUUAGCAAUGAUCUUACCAUGAAAAUAAAGGCCAUGGCAGAAGGUUUGAACUGUGAGACAGCAGAAGAGUUUCGCGAGAGCUUAGUGAAUCCAUUCUCUGAGAGGUUUGUUUGGAAGGACAGCUCUCCCAGGGGAAGGACUUGGUCAUGUGUGGAUGACUUUGUUCUUAGGGAAACAUACUACCACGGCCCUACAACGAAGCCAUCAAAGUCAGGAGACGCUGCAAAAGGGUUGAAGCUCAUAUUGCUCCACAAUUCUCAUUAUAGGCGCCACAUCUGUUCAGCCAGCUGAACCACUUAGUCUGCGUACAGCCUUUUCUCUUCAUUUGCAACAAUCUUGUUCAAUUUCUUUCGACAGUGUUAGAUUCUGGCACUUUGUAAUCAAGGGCAAGAAGGCCCUUUAGAGAUUGGGGCGCAAGAAAAUGUAAAGAUGCGGGAAGCUUUCAUGCCAUGCUCUGAAAUGGAAGUGGCACUCUUUUUGAACCUUUAUUGCAAUGAAAUCGGUUGAUCUUUA